ACAAGAGUCAAGACUCCAUGGGACAAAAACCUAAUCAAAAGGCCCACCACAUUUCUCAACCCACUUUCAUCUCAUUUAUAAUAUUAUAUUACCCUUCUAAUUAAAUCCUCCUCAAAAUUCCUUACAAAAAAAAAAUGGAAUCACAAAAGAACUCAAAUCAAGAAAUGAAAAAUUCCCCCAAACCAAGCAAAAGAAAAUCUAGCAAGAACAAUAUUGCAAGGAGAUUUUCAGAUGAACAAAUUCAAUCAUUAGAGUCCAUUUUCAAGAUUGAGUCGAAGCUUGAGCCAAAAAAGAAGUUGCAAUUAGCAAGAGAUCUUGGGCUUCAGCCACGCCAAGUGGCCAUCUGGUUUCAGAACAAAAGGGCCAGAUGGAAAUCCAAGCAAAUUGAGCAAGAGUACAAGGACCUGAGAGCAAAUUACGAUAGUUUGUACGUACAGUUUGACGACUUGAAGAGGGAAAAACAAUCCUUGCUAAUGCAGUUAGAGGAGCUAAAUGAUCUAGUUAAGAAUCUUGACAAGGUCGAAGAAGGUGACGAACUCAAAGAAUAUCACAACAACAGCUCAAACGAAGGAAUGGAUAAGGAUGAUGUCAUCAAGCCGGACGAUGAUGAUUUUGCGAAAAAUGCUGCAUUAAGGACUUUUGAGAAAACCGAUGAUCGAGAAAUCUUGAGGUGGUUUGAAGAAGAUGAGAUUAUGAGCCACUUAGAAUCGCCCGAAAAAUGGUGCGAUUUUUCGAAGGGCGUAUUGUUCGAUCAUUCAUCGGGAACGUCUAGCUGGUGGGAGAAGUAAUUGCGUAAAAAGCCCUUUAGUGCUAGCCUAAUUACAAAAAGAACCCUGUUUGAGGUGUAUUUGUAAUAUUGAUAAAUAAUGAGUUGUAUUGUAUAUACAUCAAACUUCAAGAGUACUCUUGUGAGUUGUGAUUCUCUCUUGAACUUAUCUGUGCUGCUGUGCAUGCAUGCCAGUCAUGGUUUGGAGCAAAACUGCAAAUUUCCAAAAGGUUCGGAAAUAACUAGUAUUUAUAGGACCGAAACUGCAAUAGUGUUUUUCUACCUCCCCUGUUUCUUAUCAGACCUCAGACCCAUUAUAGUUCAAGCUUCAAACACAUAAAAAAUAGAAUAUGUAAUUUUAAUUUCAUUUUGUCUCCUUCAAGUUAAUAUAAACAAAC